GCCUGUGGGAAGGAAGGGCUGCAGCUCACAGCAACAGAGUUUAGACUGUCUUUGCUUCAUCAUCUGAAGGUAAAAUUUUCCAGCCACGGCCGGCGGCUCGCAGAGUACAAUAAACAGGGACGGAGAACUAUUUGCAUGGACCCCCCUUCCUCAUGAUGCGGUGGAGAAGCCACGGCCACUCGGUCCUGCCAGAUGUUCUUGGGGUUACUGUACAUGGGGAAGACGAGCAGAGCUAAACAAGCUUCCCGACCUGUGCAGUGCGUUUCCUGCUGGAAGUUCUAUCCUCCUCCAAGGGUGUUCACUGCUCCUGUGUAGCUGCUCAGGGAUGUGUGCGAAUUUAAAGAGGACGAAGGAAGGAAAGCGCCAUCCUGCUCAAAUACAAAGAUCUAAGAGGGUUGUUUUCCCACAUCCUCCAAAGCUGUGAGCAUUAGAACUAAUAUUUUCCCAAAGAGUGCCAUCGUAUUAAAGCCACUUUAUUAAGGAGGGGUGUAUCUGCAAAACAGUCAAGAGACUAGAACCCUGGGAGCCAGAGAUGACAGUGAGCACGCACUGCUUGUGGCUCACAGUCUUCCAGUGGGGCCUAUCGAUCGGUGACUGACUUCCUGCUUGCUGACACAUUCCCCCUCCCCGGUUUCCUGGAUUGGACUGCAUUAAAGAAUUCACUGCUUACCUUCAAACUUACAUGUUGGAGUUUUCACGGCGGUUGUUUUGAGAUCAUUGAGACUCGGAUUGAUUUCGACAUUUAACCGAAAGGAACAGAGCCCAAAGUAGUUCUCAUCAUGGCCUUGAACGUUGCCCCCGUGAGAGACACAAAGUGGCUGACGCUGGAGGUCUGCAGACAGUACCAGAGAGGAACGUGCUCACGCUCCGACGAAGAAUGCAAGUUUGCUCACCCCCCCAAAAGUUGCCAGGUUGAAAAUGGAAGAGUAAUUGCCUGCUUUGAUUCCCUCAAGGGCCGCUGUUCAAGAGAGAACUGCAAAUAUCUUCAUCCUCCGACACACUUAAAAACCCAGCUAGAGAUUAAUGGGAGGAACAAUUUGAUCCAGCAAAAAACUGCAGCAGCGAUGCUUGCCCAGCAGAUGCAAUUUAUGUUUCCAGGAACGCCGCUCCAUCCUGUGCCCACUUUUCCUGUAGGUCCCACCAUAGGGACAAAUGCGGCUAUUAGCUUUGCUCCUUACUUAGCGCCUGUCACCCCUGGAGUUGGGUUAGUCCCAACAGAGGUUCUACCCACUACACCGGUCAUUGUUCCCGGAAGUCCACCGGUCACUGUCCCGGGCUCAACUGCAACUCAGAAACUUCUCAGGACUGAUAAACUGGAGGUAUGCAGGGAGUUCCAGCGAGGAAACUGUGCCCGGGGAGAGACAGACUGCCGCUUUGCACACCCGGCAGACAGCACCAUGAUCGACACAAACGACAACACCGUAACCGUUUGUAUGGAUUACAUAAAGGGGCGUUGCAUGAGGGAGAAAUGCAAAUAUUUUCACCCUCCUGCACACUUGCAGGCCAAAAUCAAAGCUGCGCAGCACCAAGCCAACCAGGCCGCGGUGGCCGCCCAGGCAGCCGCGGCCGCGGCCACAGUCAUGACUCAGUCGACUGCCAAAGCACUGAAGCGACCUCUCGAAGCAACUGUAGACCUGGCCUUCCCUCCGGGUGCUCUUCAUCCCUUACCAAAGAGACAAGCACUUGAAAAAAGCAACGGGGCCAGCACGGUCUUCAACCCCAGCGUCUUGCACUACCAGCAGGCUCUGACCAGUGCGCAGCUGCAGCAGCACACGGCGUUCAUCCCCACAGGGUCAGUUUUGUGCAUGACACCCGCUACCAGUAUUGUACCCAUGAUGCACAGCGCUACGUCCGCCACUGUCUCUGCAGCAACAACUCCUGCAACAAGUGUCCCCUUCGCAGCAACAGCCACAGCCAAUCAGAUAAUUCUGAAAUAAUCAACAGAAAUGGAAUGGAAUGCCAAGAAUCUGCAUUGAGAAUAACUAAACAUUGUUACUGUACAUAUUACCCCGUUUCCUCCUCAAUAGAAUUGCCACAAACUGCAUGCUAAAUUUAGUUCUUCUGGACAGACCACAACCCUAAGGCUAGUUCUGCUAUGUCAUAUAUGAGUAUUAAAUAUGGUAUGCUUAGUAUACUCCAGCCUAAGAUAGUUAACCACCUGAGACCAGCUGUGAUGUUCGAAGACAUACAGGAUGAGGUUUUCUUUCACAGGGUUCUGAGCAUAGUUUCUGUCCCAGGAAUAUUGUCUUAUCUCCAUAACUAUAGCUGAUGCAGAAAGUCCAGACAAUAUACUCAUUUCGACUCAGAAUAUUUCAAAUUUAGCAAUAAACAGUUAGCUUUAGUUUUAAGUACCUAUUCCAAGGGCAGGUUCGAUUGUAACUCCAAUCACAACCAUUUCAUUUCCUGACUGGAUCGAAGGGUAUGAUUCACUUCUUGAGGAGACGGACAGUCGCAGCAGAGAGAAGUGAAGUAAAACAUACGCCUGCCUCGCAGGUCUAAAGUCUGAGUGGCAGCUCAAGCACAAUUGCCAGGGGACACAUCAGAGUGUGGGGUUCGCUUUGCCAGGAGAUGCCGCACUGAAUCAUGGGAUUCUAGAAUAACAUUGCAUAGAUUGAAAAAAAAAAAAAAACUUUGCACGGUAUGAGCUUCAUACCCAACCCAACAAAGUCUUGAAGGUAUUAUUUUACAAGUAUAUUUUUAAAGUUGUUUUAUAAGAGAGACUUUGUAGAAGUGCCUAGAUUUUGCCAGACUUCAUCCAGCUUGACAAGAAUGAAAGGCUCAUGCCAAUAGUCGAAUCUAAGGGAUUGGUCUUUCAAACUCGCCCUCCGGUUGCCUGUUACCGAAUAACUCUUCUAAACUAAAACCUAGUCAAACAGGGAAGCUGUAGGUGAGGAGGUCUGUAUAAUAUUCCAGUUUAAGUACGUCUGAGUUUAGUCACUACAGAUGCAAACUGUGACUUUAAUCUAAAUUACUAUGUAAACGAAAAAAAAAAGUAGAUAGUUUCACUUUUUAAAAACUCCAUUACUGUUUUUGCAUUUUAAGAGUUGGAUUAAAGGGUUGUAAGUAACUGCAGCAUGGAAAAAUAGUUCUUUUAAUUCUUUCACCUUAAAGCAUAUUUUAUGUCUCAAAAGUAUAAAAAACUUUAAUACAAGUACACACAUAUUAUAUAUACACAUACAUAUAUAUACUAUAUAUGGAUGAAACAUAUUUUAAUGUUGUUUACUUUUUUUAAAUACUUGGUUGAUCUUCAAGGUAAUAGCGAUACAAUUAAAUUUUGUUCAGAAAGUUUGUUUUAAAGUUUAUUUUAAGCACUAUCGUACCAAAUAUUUCAUAUUUCACAUUUUAUAUGUUGCACAUAGCCUACACAGUACCUACAUAGUUUUUAAAUUAUUGUUUAAGAAAUGAAACAGCUGUUAUAAAUGGAUAUUAUGUGUAAUUGUUUAAAACAUCCAUUUUCUUUGUGAACAUUUUAGUGAUUGAAGUAUUUUGACUUUUGAGAUUGAAUGUAAAAUAUUUUAAAUUUUGGUAUCAUCGCCUGUUCUGAAAACUAGAGGCAUCCAACCAUAUCAUUUUUUUUGAUUGAAAAAAGAUCUGCAUUUAAUUCAUGUUGGUCAAAGUCUAAUUACUAUUUAUCUUACAUCAUAGAUCUGAUAACUGUAUCGAAAAGAGAAAUCACAUUCUGAGUGUAAUCUUGCAUAGUGCUUGUGUCGUGUUUGUUUUUAAUUUGUGGAAAGGUAUUGUAUCUAACUUGUAUCACCUUGAUAGUUCUCAUCUUUAUGUAUUAUUGAUAUUUGUAAUUUCCUCAGCUAUAACAAUGUAGUUACGCUACAACUUGCCUAAAACACUCAUACUUUUUUUUUUCUUUACUUACUCAUUUAAACUCAUUGAGAAGAUAGUAGACUAAAAAGGUAAAUUAUGGGAAUCACUGAAAUAUUUUUGUAGACUAAUUGUUGUAACUGUCCUUUCUUCCUUUCAUUUCAUGAUUUUUAUUUUAAAAAUUAUUAGCACAUAGCUAUUUUCAGCCCUUUAAUAACUGAUCAUCAAAACAUCACCUGUAUCCCCCAGCCAAUAUAGAUGACUGUAUUUUUUACUAUGAUAUCCAUUUUCCAGAAUUGUGAUUAUAAUAUGCAGAGUCAAAUAUGCCAUUUACAAUAAGGAGGAGGCCAGGCAAAUGCAUAGAUGUACAAAUAUAUGUACAACAGAUUUUGCUUUUUAUUUAUUUAUAAUGUAAUUUUAUAGAAUAAUUCUGGGAUUUGAGAGGAUCUAAAACUAUUUUUCUGUAUAAAUAUUAUUUGCCAAAAGUUUGUUUAUAUUCAGAAGUCUGACUAUGAUGGAUAAAUCUUAAAUGCUUUGUUUAAUUACAAAAACAAAAUCACCAAUAUCCAAGACAGGAAGAUCUCAGUUCAACAGCUCCGGUAGUUAGGGAACUAACUCCACUUGCACAGGACUUCAUUUCACUCUUGGUUUUCAGGCUAUAACAGCACUUCACAGAACUAUUCUUUCAGCCAUACACCACUGGUCACAUUUCUACUAAAUCUUUCUGUAACACUUCUUAAAGAAUUCCCUCAUUCGUUAUCUUACAGUGUAAACAGGACUCUAAUUUGUAUCAAUUAUAUGUUUUGGUUGUAAUAUUCAGUUCACUCACCCAAUGUACAACCAAUGAAAUAAAAGAAGCAUUUAAAAGGA